AUGGAGGGGCAGCCAGCAGUGGGGCCCCAGCGCCCCGGGGCGUGGCGAGCGGGGCAGGAUGGCACUGGGGACAGACCCGUGGUGGUGGCAAUGAACACCAACGCAGCCUUCGAGGGGGAUCCACCACCCUACUCACCCCCAGACCCCAAGAGCGCUCACCUCUUCUACUCGCCGGUCCCGGGUGGCAUUUCCCAGCAAGUGCCUGUCGUGUACCAGCCAGGACCAGGGCCAGGGUCCUUCCCAGCCUCGGGCAUCCCACCUGCAUCCCAGCCCUACGCUGCUUGCAAUGGGCAGUCAGCCCCGGGGCCAUCACUCGCUGGGCGUGGGCACCUGCCCAAGGACUACAUGGUGGAGUCAAUGCUGGUGACUCUCUUCUGCUGCCUGCUGACUGGGGUCAUUGCCCUCGUCUUUUCCUGUGAGACCCGGUCUGCAGUUGACCGUGGGGACAUGGCCCAGGCAUACGUGGCAUCCAGAAGGGCACGGUCACUCGUCCUCUUCAGCCUCAUCUUCGGGUUGUUCGUCUCCAUCAGCUGGGUCAUCUACGUCGUGGUGGUCCUGUACCUCUGA